AUGUGGUGCGCGAGCCCAGCCGUCUGGCUGGCCUUUUGCGCCGGGCUCUGGGUCUCUAACCCGGCGCCGGCGCUGGGCCAGGAGGCCGGGGGGCGCCCGGGGGCCGACUGUGAAGUAUGUGAAGAAUUCUUGAACCGAUUCUACAAUUCCUUGAUAGCCAGAGGAAUUAACUUUUCUCUGGACACCAUAGAAAAAGAAUUGGUCAGCUUUUGCUUGGGCGUCAAAGGAAAAGAAAACCGCCUGUGCUAUUAUCUAGGAGCAACAAAAGAUGCAGCCACAAAGAUCCUAAGUGAAGUCACUCGUCCAAUGAGUGUGCACAUGCCUGCAAUGAAGAUUUGUGAGAAGCUCAAGAAGAUGGACAGUCAGAUCUGUGAGCUGAAAUAUGAAAAGAAAUUAGACUUAGCAUCAGUGGACCUGUGGAAGAUGCGAGUGGCAGAGCUGAAACAGAUCCUGUACAGCUGGGGAGAAGAAUGCAGGGCCUGCGCGGAGAAAGCUGACUACGUAAAUCUGAUCAAGGAGCUGGCACCCAAGUAUGCAGCGAUGCACCCCAGGACAGAGCUGUGACCCUCAAAUGCUGGGGCACCACUGGUUGUAAUUAGAGACAAAAUGAGUCUCUAGGAUAUGGAUGAGUUGGUUAAGAGUAACUGGGAAUUGCACUGUGCAUGGUCACAUACAUUUUGUUUUGAUAUGACACUUAAGGACUGGUUGCUUGGGUUUGUAAGUAAAACAGUUAAUAUUGGUGGUAUCUUACAUUUUCAGUGUACCAAAACCUAAAAGUGCCUUUCUCAUAAUUUUCUGGUAAGGACUAUGUAAAUGAUUAUUGGCUACCUCCUAAAAUUGGGAAAAGCGAACUAUUGAAAAAUUGAUGUAGUAAAUUGAUUCUAAGAAGGAGGAUAAUGCUCACAGGCCUCUCUGUGAACAAAUAUUUAAUUGAAUGGGUUGGAUUAGGACAGAAGGAACAAUGUUUAGCUUAUUAACUCUACACUUCAACUCAAAAUAAUAACCUGGCAUAAUAAAAAGUUUUUUAAAAAAAGUAAAUUGUAUUUUCAACUGCAAAUCAUUCUACUUUCUAGUUCUCUUUGAUAUCAGAAAUUAGAGGGCAGGAGGCACUACUUGAAAUCAGUGUCUCCCAUAAGAAGAAGCCUGUUUAAAACCCAUUUAAAACCUGUUUAAACCUACUUAAAGGAAAUAGAUCAAGAAUCUACUGAAGUGUAGCCAAUGUUUUAGUAAAUUGUAUCAACACAAGUGAACAGAACUCAAGGUCUUUUGCAUGCCUUUCUAUCACACAGUAGAUAAGCUUUUGAAAGAGGAUUAAAACAUAUUAAGGGCACAUGCAGGCAACAUGGAGCUUUAUGGUUCUCAGUGCUAUUUUAUCAGCUUUAAACUGCAAAAAUCAUUUUUGUCUCCAUUUUCUGGUCACAUAAGAAGGAGAUCUGCUGUAGAAGUGGCUGCCUCUGUGUGGCAGGUGGAGAUGGGGAAUGACUGCAGAGCAACUCAAGGGAACUUUCUGGGAUGAUGGGACCCCCUAUGUUUUGAUGGUGGUUACAUGGGUGAAUAUCAUUGUUAAACUCAUCUGGUAGUAAAAUGAAGAUCUGGGUAUUUUGUUGUAUAUAAAUUAUAUCUAAAAGACUGCUGUAGAAAAACUAUUUGAAAAUUAAUUAAAAUUAAAUGAUUCAAAA